GUUUACCCGUUUGAUGAUGAGACUUGCAAACAAUUUAAUGAUAUAGUAAGAUAUUGGGAGUUUGCUGCGCCUUCAACGAAUGAAUUAGAAUUAGUUGCAUGUCGUUUAUACGGGAUUUGUAUUAAUGCUGCUGCUGUUGAGCGCCUUUGGAGUUCUUCUAUCGCAUGGGAACAUUCACGUAAAUCAAACCCUGUUGAGAUAUUUCCGCCCGAUUUUGAAGAUGAAAAUGAAACAAUAAAUAAUGAUCAACCAAAUAUUCAACUAAAUGAAGAAUCAAGUAAUAACGAUAAAGUUCCAGAAACCGAUGAAUUUGUAGAACCUGCAGAACCUGAUGAAUUUGCAGAAUCUGAUGAAUCUGCGGAACAUGAUGAAUCUGCAGAUCUUGCCUUGAAUGAAAACUAUGAUGACAAGACCUCUUUGGAAGAAUUUGGCCAAUUUUUAGACGUAUGGGUCGAAGUAUCGACAAGUGAAAUCGAGGAAAUUACACAUACAUAUAAUGAGAAUAUGAUAAUUACUUCGAAGGUUGAAGAUAUU